UUUGUGCACCGAGGGUGAUCCCCUGGUCGCGGAACCUGGGCAGCCUUUCCGCGCGUUUCUUUUCUCCUUUGCUUCAUACACUGUAAUUGCCUCUAGCCUUGUUGUGCCUAGCCCCCCGGUACUUCUCGAGACUACGAGUCCCGAAUCCGGCUGACCUUCACCCUCUGACAUCAGAGCAGGACACAGCUCCCAAGGCUCCCCUGAGCAGCGUCAUAUCAGUCUUGGACAGUUUCAAAUAGCCUCACUUCCAUGCGACAGCCUGCCGCUCCCGUCUACGGGGAUCACACUGGGGAAGACAUCACGAGGUACUCGACUUUUUCCGCUGGCGGUCAAGAGCAGCCCGAUGACAUGCUGUUUUGGGAAUACCCUCUCCGCUAUUGUACUCUCAAGUGGAAGUUUCUCCGCCUACCAAACAGUCGUGAUCCGCUCGAUACUCUGACAGGACACUGGGCAACGCAUGUAACCUCUGUGAACCAUGCUUCUCCAGGAUUUUCAUUGCGCAGGACAACGCACGGGAAAGGUGCUACGAGGAAGCCUGACAGAGACCAGCUAGGGGGUGAACUCCGAAUCUUAUCCAUCUCUGAUACAAUAAUUCCCCAGCCGUUCAGCUCGGAAGUUGGGGUAGGACGCGAUAUGUCGAUCGACUACAAAGCAAUCUCGAGAGGUCAUCCGGAUCGAAUCAACGAGCCGCGCAAGAAUCAUGUGCGACUAAUGCAUUCCGCUAUACGCAGCGUGAUUACCUGUCUCAUGCGUUGUGCAGCGAUAAUCAUCUGUUUGCCAGGACAUGCUGGAUAUUUCGCGAGCACCGAGAGCCUGUCUUUCUUCAAGCUCGAGUCCCAGCGAUCAUUACCAAGGCCCAGGUUCAGUCUUCGCUAG